AGAAUGGAUGAAGGAAAUUGCUCCUCACACACUGAGUUUGUUUUACUGGGAAUCACUAAUGACCCCAGCAUGAAAAUGGUUCUAUUCACUGUGUUUCUUCUCAUCUACCUCAUUAUUCUUGUGGCAAAUAUUGGAAUGAUUGUUUUGAUUAAACUGGAUCAUCAACUUCACACACCAAUGUACUUUUUCCUCAGCCAUCUCUCUUUCUCAGACCUCUGCUAUUCCACCGCAGUUGGACCAAAGAUGCUGGUGGAUCUAAUGAUCAAGCAAAAAUAUAUUCCUCUUGUUGGCUGUGCACUGCAAUUUUUUUUCACAUGUGUCUUUGUAGAUGCUGAGUGCAUGCUGCUGGCUGUGAUGGCCUUUGAUCGAUACAAGGCCAUCAGCAAUCCUCUGAUGUAUGUAGUAGACAUGUCCAAUAAAUUUUGCUACCAACUCCUAGUUGGAGUUUACCUAGUAGGAAUGAUAGAUACUGUGAUACACACUAUAAUGACAUUUGGGUUAUGUUUCUGUGGAUCUAAUGAGAUUAAUCAUUUUUUCUGUGAUAUCCCUCCUAUCCUGCUACUAUCUUGUUCAGAUACACAGAUCAAUGAGUUAAUCACCUUUAUUAUUUUUGGAUUCAUUGAACUGAGCACCAUCUCAGGAGUCCUGGUCUCAUAUUGUUACAUUAUCUCAUCAGUCUUAAAAAUCCGCUCCACCGAUGGGAGGUUCAAAGCUUUCUCUACCUGUGCCUCUCAUUUGACUGUAGUUGCCAUUUUCCAGGGAACACUGCUGUUCAUGUAUUUUCGUCCUGCUUCUGCUUACUCUCUGGAUCAGGAUAAAAUCACCUCACUUUUUUAUACCCUGGUGAUCCCCAUGCUCAACCCUCUGAUUUACAGCCUGAGGAACAAGGAUGUACAAGAGGCCCUGCAGAAAUUGAAAAAUAAAAUAUGCUUUUAA